UGUGUGCUGAGCAACCCGAGAGCAGCCAGUCACCUCCUCGGUGUGUGAGUGAGAGAGAAAAAGGAGGAGGGAGUGUGUAUGUGUGUGUGUGGCUGACCUCGCUCUGAAUGGACUGGGAUUCUCAGCCACGUAAGUAGUUAGUACACCGCGGGAGAUGAUGAUGCCUUGCUGAAAUAAGGGAUAGGCCUGGGAAAGUCGGCCAUCCCUUUUUUUUUUCCUCCUCUCGAGCAUCACAAUCGUCGCCACAUCCCGACCAUUCCGCAGGAGAUCUAGGAAUUAAUUUAAGCGCAAUCGCCACCGCAGAAGGACACCGACUCCCGAAGAGAGAGUGAGGGAGAGAAAGAUAGAGAGGAAAAAGAGAGAGAGAAGAUUACACAUAAAGGGGUUUGCGCUCCGGUCGGUUCCUGUAGCGUGUGCAGCAGAUGGCGAGCAGAGCCGAGUGGAUAUGAGCAGUGCAAGAAGGAGGCCGCUGAAUGGAAACGGAACCCUUUCUCAGGAAAGCCGACACCACUGACCGGUUAGCACACACGCCAAGGCUUCUCUGCUAGCCAGCACCCGGGGGGGGCUUUAACACUGCUCUUCUGAAUUUGGGGGAAGCUUUUUUUUUUUGCACAACGGUUCCUGCAGCUAAAUCAUAAAAUUCAUCCUUUAAAAGCUCAGGCGUAGUAACCACAGGGUAACUUUUUGUUGUUGUUGUUGCAGCCGGAUUAUAUUAUAUGAAUAUUAUAUAUAUUAUUCGCCCGGUCUCACUGCAGCACUAGUUUUUGAUUUGCACGACAGUCAGCGCUCUUUCCGACAUUGUGCGACUGCUGGUCGACUGGCAUGUUGGCGUACAGCAAGUGAAUCCAAGCAGCUUUGAAUUGAUUUAUUUUUCAUCCAGAUUAGGAAAUUCUUAUCCGAAUUAUCCCAUUCUCCAAAACCCAAUCCCUCGCACCUUAGCACAAACCUCAUCUUAACACUCAUGAACAUACAGCGCUCCAAUCCCAUUAACAUCGCACGGUAUGGGAGAGCGAGGCACAAAGCGCACGAAUUGGAGGAGCUGUCUUGUCUACAACAGAGGACUCCUGAGCCGAAUCAGAGCUUUAGUCCCAAUCUAGGCUCCCCGAGUCCUCCGGAGAGCCCUGACUCCACACACCGGGUGUCCUGCAUCGGGCAUUACCUCUUACUGGAGCCGCUGGAGGGAGACCGCGUGUUCCGGGCCGUGCACUUACACAGCGGGGAAGAGCUCGUGUGCAAGGUGUUCGAUAUCAGCCACUAUCAUGAAUCGUUAGCUGCCUACUUUGUACUGGGAGCUCAUCAGAACAUCAACCAAAUAGUGGAGAUUCUCCUCGGAGACACGCGGGCGUACGUGUUCUUCGAGAGGAGCCAUGGAGACAUGCACUCGUUUGUCCGCACUUGCAAGAAGUUGCGGGAAGAAGAGGCUGCCAGACUUUUCUAUCAGAUAGUGUCCGCCGUGGCACACUGCCACGACAAUGGCCUGGUUCUCAGAGACCUCAAGUUGAGGAAGUUCGUCUUUAAGAAUGAGGAAAGGAACCUUGUUAAGUUGGAGAGUUUAGAAGAUACAUACCUCCUGAAGGGAAGCGAUGACUCUCUCUCAGACAAACAUGGCUGUCCAGCUUAUGUAAGCCCGGAAAUUCUCAACGCCAGUGGCAGCUACUCGGGCAAAGCGGCAGACGUGUGGAGUCUGGGCGUGAUGCUGUACACCAUUCUUGUCGGUCGCUACCCUUUCCACGAUGUGGAACCUAGCUCACUCUUCAGCAAGAUCCGACGUGGCCACUUCAACAUCCCAGAGACACUCACACCCAAGGCACGCUGCUUGAUCCGCUGCAUUUUGCGGCGGGAGCCAACCGAACGACUGACUUCACGUGAAAUCCUGGACCAUCCCUGGUUCCUGGCAGCAACUGGCCAGGCGGGCACUGCCUAUGCCAGAGGAGAACGUGAAGCAGACCAGAUGGUGCCCGAAGCCAACAUGGAGGAAGAGCUGGAGCAGUACUUAAGCUGAGCAGCACAAAAAAAAGACAUUUAGCCACGUGUUUUAGAUGACAGAAUGCACUCAUACGAUGGUGUUUAACUCCCAUUCCAUGGAGAAAACCUGGGAAGGUCUGGCUUGAUGGUGUGGAACACCUUCAGCAAGAACUUCUGGGCAAAUGCAAAUGUCAUUGUUCAGUAAUGUAGCAAGACUUAACUAUCUUUAGGUUGAGUUUUUUUUUGUUUUGUUUUUGUUUUUUUUAAGUGGUGCUCAUGAGGUGUACAAGUCAUAUUAAGCUACAAAAACAUGACUGCACAGGAGACCUCAGCCAAGGAGAACAACACCAACAUCAAGCAAACUGCAAUCACUCCUGUUCUGAUUUAUCAAAGUAGACAAAAUUGUCUCCACACAUUGAACUUUAACAGCAUUUUGUUGGCUGCAUUUGCAUAUUUAUUCUUUUUUUUUUUUUUUUUGUUUUUUAGUAUAUUACUUACACCAUUCUGCUCUUUCAUAGCCCUCUAGGCCAAUACUAUAAAAUGUAUGUGGCGGCUAUCAGUAGAAUUACAAUACAAGUUGUAAAAUCUCCUUUUCAGGCUUGAUCCUUCCCCAACUGUGUAUUUGCGUUUCUCUCAUUUGUGUAAGACUGCAUUAACUCAGCUUUCUGUGUUGCAUUAAGCUAUUCCUUCUAAACUCUUAUUGCUGCUUAUUUCUCCUCUAGACUGAACUGAACCUCUUUGAGACGUGAGGGGGCACUUGGCCUGCCCUGACCAAGUGAAUGGUCCAUUCCAUCUCUGUAGACUAGCAUCUAUUUAAUUUUAAUUUCUUUUUUUUUUUUUUUCUGCUGAAAUGAAAGAGUUUUUAAUUUAAAGUAACAACAACUAUAUUUAAAUAUAUUUGCAGGUUUUCUUUAUACCUUUGAUUCUGUUUCCACAAAUAUUGUAGGCAAUACUCUUGACACAGGGCAGUUUUAAUGUUGGCAUUAAAGACUGUCCCAAGGUUUAAAAUAAACCAUUAAACUUAAGUGCCAGUAUUUGUGCCCCACGCCACCAAUGCCGAUAACAUCCCUUCUCUUUUUAUUUUUGAUUUAGCUUUUAACACCUCGGUAAACGAUGUUACAACGACUACACUGUCUCCAGUACCUCAUGUUACUUUUCUACUGCCUGCCUAGGUUCUGUGAAAUGAUCAUGUUCUAAAUAGGUACAUGUGGACAUGUUUGUGGUAUAUCAAUGUUACUUCAAAUUGUGGUCUCUAGUUAAUGGCAUGUACCCUUUUGAAUGCUAUAGCCUAGCAGGAGGGCUGGGGAAGUUGUUUUUUUUGUUUGUUUUUUUCCUCGUUCAUUUCGUAAAGUAAAUCCUUGCAAAUUCUAUUUUUUAACUGCUAGGAGUUUUGAGUUGCCUCUGUAAAAGCAUUAGGUUUGUAAGUGUAGGUAUUUUUUUAAUAUGCUUUCAGGUAGAAUUAAUUGCCCACGUGAGUUGGUGCAGAGUGAAGGACUUUUUUUUUUUUUUUUUUUUUUUUUUCUUUUCUUUCCCUUUGAAGGGGUGGGGGGCAUGCAUGGUGGGAUAUCUGCCUCAGAUGCUCUGAUUGUAAUGUAACUGAUUUUGGUGUUUUGUCCAAAUUUAUUCAGUAAAUAAAAUGUGACCUGCACACUGAAAA